AUGGGAUUCAAAGAUCCUGAUAAACCUGAUCAUGUCUGUUUAUUAGAGAAGUCACUAUAUGGUCUGAAACAGGCACCCCGUGCAUGGUACAAACGUUUUGCAGAUUUUGUGGCUACUAUUGGCUUUGCUAAUAGAAAAUCUGAUACCUCAUUAUUCAUUUAUCGCCAUGGUAAUGAUAUUGCUUAUCUACUUCUAUAUGUUGAUGAUGUUAUGCUUACUGCUUCAUCGGAAUCUCUCCGACGACAUAUUAUUUCUCGCCUCAGCUCUGAAUUUGCAAUGAAGGAUUUGGGUCCUCUGAGUUAUUUUUUGGGUAUUGCUGUUACUAGAGGUAAAAAUGGUUUAUUUUUAUCUCAAAAGAAGUAUGCGCAGGAAAUUUUGGAAAAAGCAGGAAUGUACUUGACAUUCACCCGACCAGAUAACUCUUAUGCAGUUCAGCAGGUUUGCUUAUUUAUGCACUCACCCCAUGUUGAGCACAUGGAUGCGUUGAAAAGCAUUCUUCGAUACAUUAGAGGUACGACAAAUUUUGGUUUACAAUUGCAUAAAUCUCCUGUUUCUUCUCUUGUGUCAUACACGGAUGCAGAUUGGGGCAGGUAUCCGGACACUCGUCGUUCUACAUCAGGGUAUUGUGUGUACCUUGGUGAUAAUCUGAUUUCUUGGUCUUCGAAACGCCAACCCACUUUGUCUAAGUCCAUUUGCGAAGUAGAGUACAGAGGGGUUGCAAAUGUGGUUUCUGAAUCCUGCUGGAUUUCCUAUUUCGAAGGCAACAAUGGUUUAUUGUGA